UACUGUGGCUUUACUUGCCAGCAGCUUGAUUGUCAGUCAAUUAGCGGACUCGUGCCUCGACAAAGAAACAUGAGUGGACUGUUGUCUUUCACCUCCCCUACUGUGAAGCGGCUCCUGGGCUGGAAGCAAGGAGACGAAGACGACAAAUGGGCAGAAAAAGCUAUCGACUCUCUCGUCAAAAAGCUUAAGAAGCAGCGUGGGUCUUUGGAAGAGCUAGAAAAAGCUCUAUCUCAACCCAACUCCCCGACCAAGUGUGUGACUAUACCACGGAGCCUGGACGGUCGGUUGCAAGUGUCUCAUAGGAAAGGUCUCCCUCAUGUCAUUUAUUGUCGUGUAUGGCGAUGGCCAGACUUGCAGACACACCACGAGCUAAAGCCACUGGACCUGUGCGAGUUUGCGUACAGUAGAAACAAGAAGGAAGUGUGCAUUAACCCCUACCACUACAUGAGGGUGGAAACACCUGUGUUACCCCCAGUGUUGGUCCCCCGCAACCCUCAACCCAUCACCUCCAUAUACGAACCCACCCCCUCCUACAUGGAGUCUCAAAGGGCCUCCUUUUCACCUAACAACGAUAUGGGUCAUCCGAGCAUCUUCGACAGCCCAGAAACUCCACCCCCUGCCUACCACUCAAUAUCAGAGGUGGGAUCUCCUGUUCCCUCGGAGCAUUCCCUGAUGGACCAACUCUCACCAGCAUGCAGCCUUCCCGAUAUGCCCCCCCUCACCUCCGGAGUCACUCACACUGCCGACGGUGCAACUGUCCAAAUUAACUACCAGGAGCCCCCCUACUGGUGUUCCAUCGGCUACUACGAGCUCAACCAUUGCGUAGGAGAGACCUUCAAUGCAACACGAUCGCACGUAGUCGUCGACGGCUACACUGACCCUUGCAUGAACGCAGAUCGAUUUUGCCUCGGGCAACUUUCAAGUGUGAAUAGGAACUCGACUAUAGAGAGCGUGAGACGACAUAUUGGAAAAGGAGUGCAUUUAUUUUAUGUCGGAGGUGAAGUUUUCGCCGAAUGUUUAAGCGAAGGAGCUCUCUUUGUGCAGAGUCGAAAUUCCAACCAUUCUCACCAUUUCCAUCCGACCACUGUCUGUAAAAUACCACCUGGAUGCUCGCUAAAGAUCUUCAACAAUCAAGAGUUUGCCCAACUUCUGGCUGAGAACGUGAACCAGGGCUUUGAGUCGGUGUACGGCCUCACUAAGAUGUGUACCGUGAGAAUGAGCUUUGUGAAGGGGUGGGGGGCUGAGUAUCAUCGCCAAGAUGUAACCAGUACUCCGUGUUGGAUUGAGAUCCAUCUGAAUGGUCCCCUUCAAUGGCUGGACAAAGUGAUGUCACAGAUGUCUCCCUCAUAUAAAGUUGGGUCCAACACUUAGAGCUCUCUGUAUGUAUAACUGUUCCUUCUCCUGUUUUGUUCAUUGUUUCAUACUUUAGCAUAAUUUAUGCAUAUCACUCUUUUAUAUAUAGGUACGUGUAUAUACAUGACAUCAUUACUUCUCAUUGUAUCGCAAUGACAUCGUAAUACGUACGUAUAUACUGUUCGAAUGUCUCUGAACAUUUGAUUGUAUAUUGUUUUAUAAUUACUAAAUCUGAA